AUGGGCCUGGAGCAGCCGUCGCCGAGUCUGAAGGCAUGGUUGGCCGCCUUCAUAAGAAUAACGUCCCACGAAAUGGGGCUAGAGACAGAACUGCACCCUGAGGACGGCCCCUUCCUGGAGUUCCUCAGAGCCCAUUCAGCCAUCCUGAGGCCGGAAAAGCGACAGAGGGAAAGCCCGGACGCCCCUGCGGGAGCCGAAAAACGCACCUGCAGGAAGCGCUCGCCGCCAACAGACCCAAGAUUGCGCCGCCGCUCCAAGUCUGCAGGAGCGCCGGAACCUGAACAGCACCAGCCAUCUCCCUGGAAGGCCCCGUCCCCCAAGGAGAUGAUUAUGAUAGGCGGCCUACAGGUGUACAGGCGGAACCUUUUUAAGCCUCGCUCGCUACACCUGCCGGCAACCGAGGCCCCAGCCACAGCCACACAGAUGACGCCCCUCCCCUUACCCAAGGAGCUACUACAACAGAAGCAAGGCCCCCCGCAAGAGGAGCCCCAAAAACAAACUGAGGCCCCAGCCUCACAGAUGACGCCCCCCUCACUCAAGGAGCCACAACAGAAGCAGGGCCCCCCGCAAGAGGAGCCCCAACCACAGCGAUCCACAUCAAAAAGGCAGCAGAGGCAGGGCCCCAAGCCACCGGAGCCCCUACCAGAACCUCAGCCGCAACUAUGCCCCCCACCGGAAGGGCCAGACACCCAGCCGCCAGCCGGACCCAGCCAAGAGCCCCACACCAACCUGGGGCCCCCGCCACAAGCAGACCCGCAGACCUCAUACGCUUCCAAAGCCGCCGCGGCAGACACAGCCGAGGCAUCCAAGAAGCAGAAGAAGGCGCAGCAGCAACCCCAACCAUCACAACAGCCGCGCAAAGAAAAGUACCCGCACAUCGAGGCAGCGGUGCUGCCGCAAUGGUACAAAGUCUGCGAAGAAAUCGCGAAGGAAUUGGGCAGAGCACCGUACUCCAAGAAUAUGGGGAGAGGAGUUCGCUUCGAACCCCAAACAGCGGACGAAUACAGAUGCGUCUACAACCACUUAGAAAAACUGGAGCAAGCAGGUGUGCCGCUGGAGUGGCACGUAUACCAACUGGAUAAGGAGAAGCGUAUGAAGGUGGCACUGCGCGGAAUCCCAUCCGAUACACCAGUCGAAGAGAUCAAGAAGGCGUGCGAGGGGCUCGGCUACCCGGUCGAGUACGUCAAGCAAAUCAACGCGAGAGGGGGGAAACCGGGCUGUGUAUACUUCAUACAGCUCGCCGGACCCCCCAGAGACUUCACACACUUCUACCGGGUGACUGAGCUCCUCUAUAUGAACUCGGUGAAGAUUGAAGCAUGGAGGGACGCUGGAAAGCAGGCGCAAAAUCCCGCCCAACACCCAAGAAGCCGGGACCGGAGUCGAGGGCCAGCGUCCCCGCCCAACGUGGAGGAGUCAGCGCCAGCGUCCCUAAUGGCGGCGGCAAACGCUCCCACACAGCGGGGCGGCUGGGUCCAACCAGCAGCCUCGGUCCCCAAUAGUAACAAGAAGAACAAAAAGAAGAAGAAGAAGAAGCCAGUGGAAGCUCCUCCUCCUUCCAAAGAAGAGGCACCAGCCGGAACACCAGCUGCACCGGCUGACGAACAAGACUUGGCAGCCACGAUAGCUGCCUUGCUCCGGGCUGCUGCGGCCCAGGGACCACAAGCGGUCGCCAAGGCCCUCAGGACUACAUUACCCUCAGCUAGCAUUCACCCAAUCGUAGAUAAUUCAGUGCGUCCCCCUUUGCCCCCAUCACCCCCGGUACAAGGUACUGGGGGAGAGCGAGUAAGCAGGAUGUCAACAAAAACAGAAGUUAUGGACAGCUUCGUGGAUUUUUACUGUCCACAUCUACAUGAGCAAUGGCUCGAGUACAAGGCAAACCUAGCGACCGAAACCAACGUCGCUGAUCACACUGGAGCCCCCAACGGCGGCAGCCCCUGA